AUGGAGAUUGAUAUCUGCGAAAAGAACGCUCCCGCUGGGCCGGACGAGUUCACAGACGCGAUGGAUCCACUGCUCGCGGCUGCUGCUCACAACAAGGAAUCCAGCCCCCUGCUCAAGCUUCCCGACGAGGUCCUCUUGGGCAUUCUACAUUUGCUUCAGUCUGACCUUCGGGAUAUUUACUACAUCCGUCGCGUUUGCAGAAAGCUCCGCGAUCUGACCUCUGAUCACACCCUUGAACCCGGAUUGUUCAAGACAAACGAAUCGCUCAGGGGUUCUCAUAUGCUUCACGGCGACAAGUUCCUCAGCAGAGAGAACAACCGCAUGCCUUUUGGAAUAUUGCCACGGAAUUCGGUGCCGGGAUUCGUGGCUACCAUCCGGAAGGAGACGCUUUUCGCAUCGUCAGCAAAAGGAAGCGAAAACGAUUUCUUCAAAGCUGUGUCGGAUUUUCAUAUUAUGUGCAAACAUCCUAGCCACAAGUUUCCGCAUUCGGGCUUAAAGACCCUGACGGCGCCCGAGAAUGGACAAAUCGAGGCAACGAGGCUCCGAGAGCUGUAUGGUGAAUUUGGGAAGAACGCCGCUCGGUUUAUUGUCCCGGGUCCUAGCCAGAACACUACGCCUGAGAUUCUCUGCUUCGAUCCUGACAAAUGUGGGCACAUCCUCUACAGAAACGGCGAAAGACCUCAGGCUACCCCUGCUGAGCGACUUUGCACUCCACACCUUUCAGGCACGAACAGAAAUUCACCCGUGACGGCCACCGAAAUACCCUUUGAUGGGGACCACCAGGAUGCCUCUCGCUUUACUACGGGGCUUGGAUGGACCGACCACUACGUCGAGUUCAACGAAGCACGAGGACAGAGCGGUAUCUACGUCUACGAGUGCGACGAAAAGCACAACAGCCAGGACUCAACCCGAUGCCUCAUGACCUCAUACAGGCGGACAAUCCCGCUCGGCCACAUCAAUCGCCGCCUCGCGGGAGACCUGAACCCAUGCCACCAGUGGUUCCACGCGGUAGACCAGGACUCGUACCCCAGCAUCCAUGCCGAGGGCGGCAUCUGGGCCAGGGCGAUGGCCUACUUUGACAGGACCAAGUCUCGGCCGAGGUGCCGGGACACCGCCUGCAGGAACUACUUCCAGUCGCCAGGCCCUUGGCACGAGCACGACAUGCACAGCCCUUGCCGGAUAGAGUAUGACUUUGAGGAACAGUCUGAGUUUUGCCCAGUUGCAAGGGCGGCUGCACGCGCUGAAUUCCUUCUACUAUACAAUAGUUUGAGACAUUCAUUAUGGUCGUGGCUCUUGGACAUAAUUACUGUUGUUAUCUCCAGGUUGGGGGCGGGUUUCAUCCUCAGAUAUUUGCAAUCCUAG